CAUGAUAACGCAUCGAGUUUCGAAACAUCUGUUGCCAUGGUCGCCGAGUUUAAAAUUGUUGACCAAACAUUGGAAAGUUUUCCGCAGUUUCCAGAUGCUGAUUCUAGGAAAAUUGUAAAAACAGAAUGUUCCCCGCACCGGAAAAAACGUCGCCAGUUGCGCCAAACCGCUCUCUGCCGGGAAGUGGAAACCGCCAAACAGCACGAGAGCUACCACAAAGAUUUCAACCAAAUUCAACGUAACAGCCAGAUUAGUUUCCUGAAGCGCCAGAAUACGGCCCAGAGGCGAGAACGGGACGAAAAUGCCCGACAACAGGAGGAAGAGGCCAAGGAAGCAAUCAGACAGAGACAGUUGCAAGAGGAACAGGAAUUGGCCAUGCAGUUGCACGAUGCCAACAGGCGUCGAAUCAAUGAGGAAAAACUUCGACAACAGCUCCGGGAGUCCAAUCAGGAACUCAGGGAACUUGAGACCAAACUGAGGGCAGCUUAUGUGGCCAAGGGGAUUGCCGCCCAGAAGGCGGAACUGGAAGCCAGAAGGCUGGAGGAGAAGAUCGCAGCUCAGAAGGAGCAGGAAGUGCUGGAACAGCAGCGAUUGGACAACUUGGAAUACAUCAAACAGUGUGAGGAAGAGCAAUGGAAGCACAAGUGCGAGCUUCGAGAUACCCUCCACACUCAGAUGAAGGCCCUGCAGCGCCAGAAGCAAAUCAUGUACGAAGAAUUCCUUCGGGAGAAACAAUACCUGGACGAAAUCUGUAAACGUCUCCAGGAGGAGCGAUUCGCGGAAAUUCAACGGAAGCUGGAACUGCAGGAGCGAACCCGCAUGGAGAUGGAAUACUUCAAGGAGGCGAAGGCCAUCUGGCAGGAACGGCAGAAGCUUGCUCUGGCGGAAGAAAACGAAAGGAUUCGACGCUUUUUGGAGUACCGGGAUGCUCAGGAGCGGGAGCUACGGGAGCGGAAAGUUGAGAGCACCCGUUUCCGGGAACAGCUCAACGAGAAGAUGGUCACUGAACUGCAGGUGGAAAUUGACGAAGCUCGCAAACGCGAAGAGCUACUGCAAGAUAUAUACGCCGCCGAACUGGACGAGCGCCAGGAGGAUCGUAUUCAGCGUGACUUGGAGCAGCAGCUUCGCAAACGCAUCGAAGCUCGGCUCGGUCUGGAGAGGCAACUGAUGGAGAUCGAAUGCCGCCGUCAGCAGGAGGCUGACGACGAACGGAAGUUCAAGGAGGAUCAGCUCAAACUAUGGGCAGAACGUGAUCGAAUCGAUCAAAUGACCAAUGAAAAACGACGGCUCAAAUUGGCUGAACAUCGACGAGAUAUUCAAGAAUUGCUGGAGGAACGUAAACGACGGCGUGCUGACGAAGUGAAACAAUUGAUGCAGCAACAGAGCAUGUUCGAGCAAGAGGAGAAACGGCGACAGGAAAUCAUCGAAGAGGAACGCAUCAAACUUUUGAAAGAGCACGUCACUGCUUUGCUCGGGUUCCUACCGCCAGGGGUGUUACGCGAAAGUGACCGGGAACAUAUUCCGCUGCCCAAGCCUAAGAGCGAACAGAAAUAAAGCCUUAAUUUAGUAGAGAAAAAAUCGGAGGACUCAUACACUGAACCAAGUAUUCAUGUAAGAUUU